AUGGUGCCACUACCAGCUCAAGGCCACCUCAAUCAGCUUCUCCACCUUUCCCGUCUCAUCUCAUCCUACGGUAUUCCCGUCCACUACGUCGGAACCACCACCCACAGCCGCCAGGCCAAGCUGCGCAUCCACGGAUGGGAUCCUCUCGCCGCCACAAACAUCCAUUUCCAUGAAUUUCCAACCCCUUCUUUUCUCUCUCCCCCGCCCAACCCUAAUGUCUCCUUCCCAUCACAUAUUUUGCCAUUAUUUUAUGCAUCAUUGAGGCUUCGCGAGCCUGUUGGUACACUUCUACGCUCACUAUCAAAUACAAGUAAAAGAGUCGUCGUCAUUCAUGACUCUCUAAUGGCUUCCGUCGUGCAAGACGUCCCUUCAAUACCGAACGCCGAGUCUUACAGUUCUGAAAGCGUAUCAGCUUUUUUCAUCUCCUUGUUCCACUGGGAAACGGGAAAACCUAUCCCAAUUGAACCGGAAAUAUUAAAAGAGGCUCCAUCUCUCGAAAGUUGUGUGACAUCGGAGUUUAUGGAAUUUUUACAAACACAAGAACAGCACGGGAGAUUCAACUCUGGAUCUCUUUACAACACAUCCAAAUCAAUAGAAGAUCCGUACCUCGAUAUGCUAGCAGAGGACCAGAUUAUUGGAACUAAGAAGCAAUGGGCUAUAGGGCCAUUCCAUCCGGUUGAAAUAUCGAAGGACGAAGGUUCAAAUAGGCGUCAUUCAUGCUUGGAGUGGCUUGACAAACAGGUUCCAAAAUCUGUGAUUUUUGUAUCUUUUGGAACCACCACUUCAUUGUCUGACGAACAAAUCAAAGAGCUUGCAAUUGGAUUAGAACAAAGCGGGCAAAACUUCAUCUGGGUGUUGCGAGAUGCAGAUAAAGGAGAUAUAUUUGCAGGAGAAGUUAGAAAAGCUGAACUGCCAAAAGGGUACGAAGAGAGAGUGGCAGGAAGAGGAAUAGUGGUGAGAGACUGGGCACCACAAUUGGAGAUUCUGGGGCAUCCGUCAACAGGUGGUUUCAUGAGUCAUUGUGGGUGGAAUUCAUGCAUGGAGAGUAUGAGCAUGGGAGUGCCAAUAGCAACCUGGCCAAUGCAUUCAGACCAACCAGCCAAUGCUCUGCUGAUAACAAAGGUGCUUAAAGUGGGUCUGGCGGUGAAGGAUUGGGCUUGCAGACAUGAGAUUGUGACGUCAUUAAUGGUGGAAAAUGCUGUUAAAAAGUUGAUGGCGUCAACCGAAGGAGGCGAGAUUAGGAAGACGGCCGUAGAUUUGGGUGGUUCUAUUCGGCAAUCUGUGGAACACGGCGGAGUUACUCGUAUGGAGUUGGAUUCUUUUAUUAGUCACAUCGCUAGAUAGAUUUGUUUGUCCCCACAUCAGCAAGUGGGCUGUAGAAUUAUGUGGUUCUACUUCUAUAGUGAUUUGUCUCUUUUUGCCUAGCCAACAUCCUUGAAUCUUCACAAGCAGAUACAAAAACAUCCCUCUCCUAUAUAGUUUACAUUCAAGAUUGAAACUUUUUACUAUGGGGGAAAAAUAAUAAAAAUUCUUAAUCUCACCAAUCUCUUAAAAAUUCUUCAAUGUUUAAAGAAUGGAAUAUUAAAAAAAAGGCAAUAAUCUAAUCCUUCACACAUGGAAAUAAAAUGAAAUAUUUAUAGAAGUGAUUUUUGUUCACGUAUAGUUAGACGUCUUUUGAAUUAGUGGUUGUAACGUCAACUCAGAAAUAAAUGUAAUCUUUUGGAACCCAAACAUUUACCUUGAGAGA